AUGCCGACUCUCAGCGUCCAGACAAACGUACCUGGCGAUAAUGUUGUGAUCACCGACGUCAUGAAGGACUUGAGUAAAGUCGUGGCUAGAGUCCUCGACAGGCCUGAAGAAUAUGUGAUGAUUUCCGUGAAAACGUCAAUCCCAAUGUGCUUUGGUGGAACGGAAGCCCCUGCAGCCUACGCCGAAGUUAAUGCAAUCGACAGGCUGGGUCCAGACACGAAUAAGAAACUCAGUGCUGCCAUUUCGGAGAUUCUUGAGGCCAAAUUAACAGUUCCACCCAACCGCUGUUACAUCAAGUUCUAUGACGUGAAGGCAGCAGACUUCGGUUGGAAUGGCUCCACGUUCGAUGGCUUAGGUCAGCUGAAGCGCAACGCGGACGCUCAGCCACCAUCCCCUCGCCAUCGCAUGACGAAGAAAGUCCGUAAGGCGAUCACCGUGAAGGAGAAGCUGGAUUGGUUGAAGAUGCAAGACUCUCAGCCCGACCUGGGGAAUCGUGCGUUGGCGAAGCUCGCGAAGGUGCAGCCCUGCCAGGUCCGCGAAUGGAGGAAGAUGAAGGAGCGGCUGGAGGUCGCAUCUAGCUGCCGCCGUCGCCUCAUGGGAUCUGGCCGCAAGGCGAAGUACCCGUUCAUGGAACGGGCUGUCUACCGCCACUUCCUUAACCACCGGGCGAAGGGCCUCGCUGUUUCUGUCCGCAUGCUCCAGCAGUGGAGCUCCAAGUACAUGAAGCACCGCAUGCCCUCGGUGAACUGGCGCGCUUCGCAACCUGAAGAAGCCGCCUGCGGACUUGACGUUUACGAGCUGGUUGACGACGAGCUCGUCGUCAACCCCUUCUACGCCGAGGCCCCCGUGCCGGCCGAGGAGUUGCAGCCGGCAGAGAAGGGUGUGGCCGCAGAGGAGGCGGAGGCGGCGGCGGCGGCGGAAGAGGAGGAGUGGAACACGCCUGAAGAAGGGGAGGAGGCGGGAGUGUACAACGAAGACGAUGAGGAGUGGUGGCAUGCCGGCCGCUAUGACGGAGAGGAGUGUGAGGAAUGGGUCGCUGGGGACGAUGAGGACUAG